AUGAAUUUGGUUCCAAAAAUUUGUAAGAUUAUAAAUAGUAGUGUUCGAAAAAUGAAUGCACCAGAUAGAUUUGAGUUAUUCGUAUUACCAGAGGGUGCCAAAAAGGUAUCUAUGACCAAAGAUACUAGAAUUCCCAAUGCUUGUUUAUUUACUAUAUUAAAAGAAGAUCAUACCGUUGGUAACUUAAUUAGAAUGCAAUUGGUUGGUGAUCCAGAUAUCAAGUUUGCAGGUUACAGAAUGCCACAUCCUUUAGAGCACAACAUUGCUAUCAAAAUACAAACAUAUCCACACUCAACACCGAUUCAAGCAUUAGAAGGUUCAAUUCAUUGUCUCAUCGAUGAAUUUCAAAAGAUUGAAUUACAGUUUAUGGAUCCGAAUGAUAUACCAACUCUGGCUAGAACACAGUCAAUUGGUGAGGGUUUCUAUCAUUCAAUACCAAAAGUAACUCUGUUUGGUAGUCAUUUGAAAGAUCAUGAGAAAACAAAUCAUCAUGGAAUAGUAAAGAGAUGCUGUCAUAUUAGAAUAUCGAGAUUAGAAUUUAUAUCAGAAACAAGAGAUAGAAUACCAUCUACAAUUAGAAUCGCUGUUGGUUUAAAUAAGAUAAGAAGAUCAUUGAUUACAGCACCCAUAGAUUUAACUUCUUGUGUCGAGGAGAUUGUGUUUCCAAAUCAAUUGACAACUGCUUCUACCACAACAAACAAUGCAUCAACAGUCACAAACAACUCAAAUAAUCAAUCCAACAUUGUUACAAUCAAUUCAAUACCACCUGUAUCAUUAACAACUAAUAAUAAUAACAAUACAACAACAUCCAAUGUCAAUAAUACAAAUACAACAAGUGAAUUUAAACUAUUAAAUAAUAAUAAUAAUAAUAAUAAUAAUAAUAAUGAUAAAUUACAACAACUGAAUAACAUUAAUAAUAAUAAUGAAAAGAUGAAUGUUGUAGGUGGAAUAGGUCCGACUGGUAUCAAUAUGCAAACAUUGAUAUUGGAUAGCGAUACAAAAGGUAGUAGUAUAGUGAAUACUGCACCGAUUAAUAUAUCUCCAUCUUCAAUGGCAGCGGUGGUAUCUAAUAGUAAUGCCACUGGUGGAAGUUAUGGUGCUGUUGGUGUUUCUGCGCAGCUGAGUAAUGGACCGUCGCCAUCUGGAUACAACCAAUAUAUCAACCCUAGUUUGUCACCUCGUGCAGUCAGAGAGGUGCCACCACCAUUCCUCGUACCAAAGAAAGUCUAUUGCUACCCGGUGGAUAUUAGAAUCAGCUUCCACUAUGACCAUUCACUAAAGGAGCAUGAUGACUACCUAAAGAUCACACUCUUUAGGAAUCUACCAUCGAAAAGACAACGUGAACAAUUCAUACCAUUUGCAUUUACAGAAACUAAUCUAUCUCAAAUUUUACAACAAGGUGAUUUCAUUGCUGAUCUUGAUAUGUCAACGUUUAUACAACAAAAAUCAACUAUAAUGGAUAAUCUGGUAACUCCAACCUCUAUCAAUGUAACUAUAUGUAGUGUGCCGAAAGAGAUUGAGAAUAUCGGUGAUGCACAAGAAUAUCAACUCAAUGAUAUUGCUCUAUCUGAUGAUGAAAACUUAUUCUUUGAUUCAGAUUCAUAUGAUGAGGAUGAAGAAGAAGUAAUAUCAUAUGAUAUACCUAUUAAAACUUUACAACAACAACAUCAACAUCAACAAAAAGAAAAACAAUCACAUAUUAACAAUAGUAACAACAACAGUAAUAAUAAUAAUAAUAUUAAUAACAAUAAUAAUACAUUACAAGUACCUUCUUCUUCUUCUUCAUCGUCCAAUGUAAAUAGUAAUCAAUCAAAUUCAACUACACCACCAAUAACAUCGUUAUCACAAAAAUUAAUGGAACAAUACGAAGAGUCAAAGAAGAAAUCAAUAGAGAAGAAGUCAAAGCUUCAAAAACUGUCUUCUCUGAUCAAGCCAACCAGUAGUAGUGCAAGUAAACACUCUGAUUCCAUUACAUUGGCCGAUGAUGAGGAUGAUCGUGAUGACAAUUCCGUUGAUUCUUCAAGUAGUGAGAGUGAUCACUAUGACAUUGAGUUUAAUCCUCCUCAACUCUUGGUACCAACAACACAUCAAUCUAAUCAUAAUAUUCAACAGCAACAGCAACAACAGGCAUCACUUCCAACAUCGGCAUCAAAGAAACAACCGUUUCCACCAUUCAUUCAACAACAACGUGAUUCUCCGCCUGGCUCACCAUUUGGCAUUAGAACAUCGGGUUCGGAAUUCGUAAAGCAAUCACAGAUCGAUAGCUAUAUCGCGACCAUAUCCAAUCCCGACAGUCCAAUGAACCUUUUCCUCGUCAACUCACUUCGCAAAGGUGGAAAGAAACUGGAGCAAUAUCUAGAGAACAAGAGUCAAUGUGCUUUGAUUCGCUCCAAGUUCAACAUUGUUCCAACUCGCUCCAACAUGGAUUUGAAUUCGAUUUUCAAAGCUCUCCUGACCAGACACCAGAAUCGUAGUGAGAAUAUCCGUGUUGUCAUUGCCGGUUCCGACAGCUAUAUCAACUCUGUUUUGAAAUCCUAUGUUACACUGCUCUCCACCAAGCCUCGUGGUUGGGAUCCAUUCCAAUUCUACCUCCUCCCAAUUGGAAAGAGCAAUGAGAUUGCAAGUACUAUUGCAAACCAGGAUCCAAACUAUCAUGCACUCUUCAUUCAACCACAAUCCGAGUGGAAGCGAUUCCUAGAGUCAGAGGCGGAGCCAGAUGCCACCCUCAAACGUGAUCUCGAAACCAAGAUACUCUCUUACAUCGACAAGUCCAACACUCGAUUCGCACACAAAUUCCCAAUUGGUGAAGCACUCCUCACAUUCCCAAGUACCACAAGUACAGCCAUUCCAUUUUUGAAAGGAAUUCAAAUACCGAAAUCCGAUGACGUUGACUCCUCAGAGCCUGACCUCAAGAUUGACUAUUGGGUACCAAAAAAGAAGGGUGAAGAUCAUCUUGAAAUCAAGAUACCAUUCCAAUAUGUAAAGUUAACUAGACUAUCACAGAUUAUUACUUUGAAUUCAGUGACAAGUGGACUCUCCUCAUUGAGCGCACAGGCUAGUUCAAUUGCCGGUGGCGGCGGUGGUGGUAGCGGCGGUGGUAGUGGUAGCAGCAGUAAAUCGACAGGCACAUCGACAUCAACAAGUUCCAACAGUGGUAGUGAAUACAACAACCCACCCAAUCCCUCGAAUUCAUUCAGUCUCUAUGUAUUGUAUAAAGAUAAACGUUCCAAGAAGAAUCCUGCACUCUAUCUACCGAAAUUUGGAAAACAAAAAAAGUCUGACAAAGUUUCCUACAAGAAGGAAGACAAGUCCAGUGUAUCGUUGGUUAUCACCAAGCUGAUGUGUGGACCAAUGCUUUCUUCUUCAUCUUCAUCUUCAUCCACUGUCAACUCUGACAAUACGAUGUUCCAAGUGAAUAUUGACGGUGUUGAGAUACCAGGUGUGAAAUAUCUAUCAGUGUCUCCUCAAUGGGCAACUCAUACUUUUGUAGAUACCACUAUGAGUGAAAAAAGCAACUCACCAAUUUCCGACUAG